GGUGCUAAGGGAGCCAGAAUAGCCUGUAGGCUCUGAUACGCAGUGUCCAGAGCCAAUAGCUGUCCAUGGGUACUAUCUAGGAAGAUCCUGAACCCAGUCACUGGCUGUAGUGGCUGCUGGCCUGGAUGGCACCGUGGUGUCAAGGUUCUGAGACCCGCCCCCGACUCUUGAUGCAUUUCAUCCAGUCACUAGCUGAAUCGAGCUUGGGUCAGGCCUGGCAGCCGUAAGCCCCGACUGAAGGUUGUGUUUCUGAGGCACCCAAGAGAGUAGGAGCUGCACGGACCUCUGCUCCCUGGUUUGCAGCGAUGGCGUACCUCAGCAAGUGUCUUUUGUGGAAGAGAGCAAUGGCCAUCUUCUUCCUGCCGCUUGUCUUAUCAGGUCUUGCUCCUCGCUGUGACUUCACAUAUGACAUGUUGAAACCGUCUCCUGCCAGGUUUCGCUGGUCCCGUCUGACCCCUUUCAAGCUGAAGAACAGAACAGUGGGGCUUAGCACUGAAAACAACGCCCAGGGCAAAGCCUACUUCACCCUGGAAGGUCAGAAGUUCAUGAUAGUCGGAGGCUCCAUCCACUAUUUCCGUGUGCCCAGGGAAUACUGGAAGGACAGAUUGCUGAAGCUUCAGGCCUGUGGCUUCAACACUGUCACCACCUACAUCCCAUGGAACCUCCAUGAGCAAGAGAGGGGGAAAUUUGACUUUUCUGAGAUCCUGGACCUGGAGGCCUAUGUUUUGCUGGCUGCAACUGUAGGGCUGUGGGUGAUUCUUCGACCAGGGCCAUACAUCUGUGCUGAGGUUGACCUAGGUGGGUUACCCAGCUGGCUUCUGCGCUACCGGGAGUCACAACUGAGAACAACCCACCAGGACUUUGUUGAGGCUGUUGAUAAGUAUUUUGAUCAUCUGAUUCCCAGAAUACUUCCUCUCCAGUACCGCCAUGGUGGCCCUGUUAUUGCUGUCCAAGUAGAGAACGAAUAUGGCUCGUUUAAUAAGGAUAAGGGCUACAUGGAAUACAUUAAGAAGGCUUUGCUGAAGAGAGGGAUUGUAGAGUUCCUCUUGACCUCAGAUAAUGACAGAGGAAUUCAGUCUGGCUCCGUCAAAGGAGCAUUGGCUACUAUCAAUAUGCCAUCAUUUGUGAAGGAUUCUUUUCUGAAGCUUCUUGAAAUGCAGAAUAAUAAACCCAUUAUGGUUAUGGAAUACUGGACUGGCUGGUAUGACACGUGGGGGAAUGAGCACAAUGUCAAAAGUGCAAAGAGCUCCUUGCUGCAACAAAACAGGUGCCGUGAAAGAACUGAGGAAGAGUUGUCUUCAGUUAGAGAAGGUGAAUACUUAAGUGUCUCCGAGAGUCUGACGUUCCUAAAAAAGGUUCUGGAUCAUUUGCACGAUGAUGUCUUACUCAUCUCUAGAAAAGAUGAAUCUGCGGUAUCAUCAACAAACCGGUGCAUCAUUCAGCAGGACCACAGCAGCAUCUCCAGAGAAGGGUUGGCUCCAUUGUCUUCUUGCAUCUUCUCAGACAAUGGAGAAGUUCUAGAUGUCUUCCAUUCUAAGUUGCUUUCGUAUUCAAUACCCCUAGGCUCCUUAGUCUUGCUCUCACUCCACAGUGCCUUAGGUUUCACUUUCUGUUCCUGUGUCUCGAACGCCCAUUCUUUUCAGAACUGGCAUUACGGGUUUGUGUUCAUCAACGGACGUAAUCUUGGAAGAUACCGGGACAUUGGGCCUCAGAGAACACUGUACCUUCCUGGUCCCUGGCUUCAUCCAGAAGACAAUGAGAUCAUCGUGUUUGAGAAGAUAAGGAAGGGACUUUACAUCCAAACUACAGAGAAACCCCAGCUGCAAAACUAGUACAGCACAAGUCUGCAUCGUUGGAGCCAUCCCAGAAUGUUUCUUCAGAAUACUGAUCACUGCUAAGAAUAUCAAACAUAGUGUAGCCUGCAGAAAAAAAAAAAA